UAACUGGAAUUUUAGCGCGCACAAAAAAAAAAAAAACGCUCUCCAAAUAAUGGGAGAUAAAUUGACUUUAAUCCAUUGGUUUCGCAAAGGCUUGCGAGUUCACGACGAUCCUGCUCUACAUAGAGUUUUCCAGCGGGCUCAUGAAAAUCCUCAGUAUUGUGUUCGUCCCAUUUUUAUACUUGACCCUGGGAUAUUGCGAUGGCUUAAUGUUGGAGCUAAUCGUUGGCGAUUCUUGCAACAAAGUCUCGAAGAUUUGAAUCAACAGUUGUUGGCUUUAAACAGUCGUCUCUAUGUUGUGCGAGGUAGUCCCUCAGCUGUUUUCCCACGACUAUUCGAGGAAUGGCGAGUAGAGCUGCUGACCUUUGAAGAAGAUAUCGAACCAUUUGCUCUCAAGCGAGAUGAGGAAAUUAAGUCAAUGGCGCGUGAAAGGAAAAUAGCAGUGGAGACAUUUUGGUCGCAUACCAUGUUUAACCCAUAUACGGUGAUACAGAAGAAUAUGGGCAAAGCUCCUUUAACCUAUCAGAAAUUUUUGGAAAUUAUUGAAAAAAUGAAAGUGCCCGAACCUCAAGAGAUUGAUAAGAAACUUGAAAAUGAAUUGCCCUGCAAGGAUAGCUGGGAAGAAAAGGAUGAAAAUUGUUAUAAAGUGCCUUUAUUGGAAGAUAUGGUGACGAAUAUGGAAGCACUGGGGGUGGAGAAAUUCCCAGGAGGUGAAACUGAGGCCUUGCGCCGCUUGGAAAUGUCCCUUUCUAAUGGCCCUUGGGUGGCAGCUUUUGAGAAACCCAAUACCUCACCAAAUGCCUUGGAGCCUUCUACCACUGUUUUGAGCCCUUAUUUGAAAUUUGGUUGCCUAAGCUCUCGACUUUUCUACAAAAAACUCAUAGAGGUCCUAAAAAAACACCCGAAACAUUCUAAACCUCCAGUUUCAUUGUUGGGUCAGCUUUAUUGGAGAGAAUUUUAUUAUACCGCGGCCACAUUUGAACCGAAUUUUGAUCGCAUGAUAGGCAAUUCGAUUUGUUUACAAAUACCUUGGGAGGUAAAUGAUUCCCACCUGGAGGCCUGGACAUUUGGCCGCACUGGCUACCCUUUCAUAGACGCCAUAAUGCGUCAGCUGAGACAAGAGGGAUGGAUACAUCAUUUGGCCCGCCAUGCUGUGGCCUGUUUUUUAACACGCGGUGACCUUUGGAUUUCAUGGGAAGAAGGACAAAAGGUAUUCGAAGAAUUGCUUUUGGAUCAGGACUGGGCCCUUAAUGCGGGCAAUUGGAUGUGGCUUUCGGCUUCGGCCUUCUUUCAUCAGUAUUUUCGUGUUUACAGUCCGGUAGCCUUUGGCAAAAAGACCGACCCCACUGGAGCCUACAUUAGAAAAUAUGUACCUGAGUUGGCUAAAUAUCCUGCUGGGGCAAUUUAUGAGCCCUGGAAGGUAUCACUAGCUGAUCAGCGCAAAUAUGGUUGCGUUCUGGGGGAACAUUAUCCUCAUCGUAUUGUCAAUCAUGAAUUGGUACACAAGGAGAAUAUUAAACGCAUGACUGCGGCCUAUAAAGUAAAUCGUGAAGUUAAAACGGGAAAAGAAGAACAACCAAACGCAGGAUCCAAGAGGAAAAGAGAAAAGGCAAAUGGAUCAUCAAAUUCCAAGACAAAGAAGAAGAAACCCUAAAAGGAACCAAGGAAAUGUUUUAAACUCGGUUGAAACGAAAUACAAUUUCGUACUGCUUUCGUUGAGAAAUUAUUUGUUUUCAUUUUACUUAUCAAUUGUUAUAAUCGAAUAUUACUUUAAAAGAGGCAUGCAAGUAUUUUAUUAACAUUUAAAAUUAUAAGUUUUUAUAUUUUUAUGAAUAUAUUGCUUUUAUACAUUCCAAUGGAUAUAAUUAUGCUGUUCUACAUUUUAUAACAUUUGAACUAUACAAGAACUAGGCGAACAUUAGUAUUGUGAACCCCAGAAACUUUGCUUAUGUCGCUAAGGACUGCUUGGUGAUGGCGGUUAUUAACAAGGAGUAAGAAGAGGGCUGCAGGCCUAGAUCGAUUGUCAACUGUAUUCUCCGACAUCCUUUCGGAAUUGCCAGGACCUCCUACAGAUUUUGUCGAUAUAGGCUGGGAAAGGUGACAUAUCAAACAAGUAUAGAAUAGCUGCAACGGCACUCGCGGACAAUCAGCGGUAUAGAGCGGAGAGUCUCAGUGAGAGGCCGGGCGGAACCUAUGACCCUCGAUGUGACAAGGUGAGUUAUUGGCGCCUUUAAAUAACCAAAGACCAUCGUGUUCCCGUGGUGAUCGGUCCUUUGGAACGGAACGAGCUUGCUCACCUACAGGAGCAUGGCAAGGAUCGCCACUUCCACAUGAAAAUGUGGCUACAUAAGUGGGCUACUGUCUUGCCGCAAUCAUCUGGUUCUAGGAAAAUUUAAUGUGCAUCAUAUUUCAUGGCAUUCUCCCUUAGGUAAAGACUAGCGGGGCAUAGCUUUGGCAGAACAAAUUGAAGGCUCCACAUUUUUUACGUUGAAUGAGGAUGGCCCCACUAGGAUUACGAGGAGGUGUAGCAGCUAGCCAGACAUUUCCAUUGCAUACCCUGAUCUUCUGAGUGACGUAUCCUGGGCUCAGACCAUCUCCCCAUAAUUCUCACCAUCGACCACCCGACUUCAUAACUCACAGACGAGUGUGAUGGGAUUCGUUGUACGGACCCUACUAAACCAAGAAUCACCCCAGCUCCAAAAGCAAAGCAAUUCUUAUCCUUUACCCUUUGUUUGCCUAUAGAGAUAUACAUAAGAUAUAUAUAAGAUUCGGCCCCGCCGAACAUAGCACACCUUUACUUGUUUUUCCCUGAUUUGGCUGUCAAAAAAUCAACAAAUCACUAAAACUUAAAACUAUUUUUACUCAAAUAUACCGAAGUAAAGUUUGCAAUGUUAUCCAAACUACGACUAUUAGUAAAAUUGGCCUUCAAGCCUAAUUUAAGUCCACCUCCUCCCCAAAUAAAAUUGCAAUAUCGCAAAUUAACUGUUAACUCUUCUCAGGUUGAGAUUGUGGAUAUUAAUAUGGAUGAUGAGCAGCCCAUGUCGGAUGACAAUAAUUACACCGACCUUACUGGUUCUACAACAUCACCGAUUGACAUUGACCCUUGGCUAGAUGAAGAAGCAGCUAAAGAAGGUACCGUAGAUAUGGAAAUGGUGGAAAAGUUCAAAAAGGUUAUCGAGUAUGUUGAUCCACCGCAAAAUCGUUCAGGGCUUUAUGUGUCCAAAGAUAUUGAAAUAUGGCUACCUCCCAAAAUGCUAAGUAAAGCAACAUAUCGCUAUGAUCUGGAUGAGAGUGACAAGGGUGCGGUUCAUGAUGACACAAGAAUAUGCAAAUUUGAGGAUUAGAAAACAUCUAUCAAGUUCAUAUACAAAUCAUGCACCUAUGUUUGGAAGGUUUAAAUUGCUAAUAAAUUGACGAACUGUCUGCAUAGAAUAAUGGAGCACAAAAUGCAU